AUAUGAUCAACAGUUACCUAUCCUCUGUCUCUCUCUUACAAGCCAAAGAAAGAGAGAGAGUUCUUUCUGGAUUGUAGAAAGAUUCGUCAGCGAUUGAUGGAGAGAGAUUCGGCGUGGACUGUGACUGGGUCGGAGGGAACGACGGCUAAACAGCUAGGAGAGCCUGGGAAUCGAUUCAGCAAACAAGGAUUUCGAUUUCUCUUUUUUUUUUCUCUCUCAUCACAGAACGUAAAUUAAAUCUUUUUUCUUUUGUUUUUGGGGGUCAUCUUCUCCGGCGAGAGAGAAAGAGCAAUGGACUCUCCGUUAUCAAAAACCGAUGCGUCGAAAGAGAAAUUUGUGGGUUCACCACGGCCAUCAACAACGACGGCUGAUUCAAAUGCGAUGAGAGGUUGUAGACUCGCUAAUCUUACAUGGUUUGGUGUUGAUAAAGUGGAGCUUCGUCAAAAGCUUAUGAUGCCUGAGUAUUUCCGUCUAGCUAUGCGUGACUGUAUCAAACUGAAGGAUUCAACCAGAUUUAUGUGUUCAGGCCUGUCCAUAUUAAUGGUUGUUUUCAUUAACCCCAAAUCUGGUGGUCAUCAUGGUCUUGUGCUUAAAGAGAAGCUUCAACUGUUGAUGAGCGACAUUCAGGUGUUUUACCUUACGGAAGUGAAGCCUCAUGAGUUUGUAAGAUACGGGUUGGCGUGUUUGGAGAUAGUGGCAGCGAAAGGAGAUGAAUGUGCUAAAUAAUGCAGAGCAAGGUUGAAGAUUAUGAAAUGUUGACAAGGCCCUGUUUCAAAUAAGGUUGUAUGAUUUUCGAGUAAUGAGACUGAGGUCCAUCGACGAGGCUUUCGAUUGUGGCUGCUUCAAGCAGGCUGUCGAUCCCACAUUUGGUUUACCAUUCUAUUCCAUUUUCUAAAUUUACGGUUUAACAUUCUAUUCCAUUUUCUGGUCUUGCAAACAAUUAUUCUAUAUCAUGUUCCUUGGAAUGCUAUUACCCAGUUUGAGUUUUGAAGGUAGUAUCCUGUAGGGUUUAGUGAACCUUCUUUUUAUGUGUUAAAUUCAAAAUUGUUCUAAUAUAUGUGUAAUUCUUCAAACUUCCGAGUCAUGCCAUUUACAUCUAUAAAAUUAUUAAUGUUUGUAUCUA